CUCUUGACCUUCUGGGUCCUCUUGGGAAUCUACCUGGCUGCCCUCCUGGCUAAUGACCUCAUCAUCAUCACUGUAGCCUGUGACCACCACCUCCACACUCCCAUGUACUUCUUCCUCCUCAAUUUCUCCCUCCUUGACCUGGGCUCCAUCUCCACAACUGUCACCAAAGCCAUGGCCAAUUCCCUGUGGAACACCAGGGACAUCUCCUACUUGGGAUGUGCUGCACAGGUCUUUCUGUUUUCUUUGUUACUUGGGGCAGAGUGUUGUCUCCUUACUGUAAUCUCCUAUGACUGCUACGUUGCCAUCUGCAAACCCCUGCACUACGGGACCCUCCUGGGCAGCAGAACUUGUGCCCACAUGGCAGCAGCUGCCUGGGCCAAUCCUCAAGCUCUCCUGCUCACACUCCUACCUCAGGGAAGUUGGACUUCUCAUAGUUAUGGCAUUUUACUCUUUGGUUGUUUUGUGUUCAUUGUGGUGUCGUAUGUGCACAUCUUCAGGGCUGUGCUGAGGAUCCCCUCUGAGCAGGGACAGCACAAAGCCUUUUCUACGUGCCUCCCCCACCUAGCUGUGGUCUCCCUGUUUCUAAGCACGGCCAUGUUUGCCCACCUGAAGCCCCCCUCCAUCUCCUCUCCAGUUCUAGACUUUGCAGUGCUGUACUCAGUGGUUCCUCCAGUAAUGAAUCCUCUCAUCUACAGCAUGAGGAACAAGGAGCUCAAGGAUUCCCUACAGAAACUGGCCCGUUGGAUAGUGUUUCACUGA